GCACAGCGAAUAGUUCUAUUUGAGAUAUUAAAAGAUGGUAGAGAGUAGAGACAUAUUUACCAGUAGGGUCCGCAAAAAUGUUUUUCUCAGGUCAGAGUUCAAUCAGUGCUAUGAAGACUCCACACCCACCUCAAAAUGCAACUCAUUUUCCGAGAUUAAGAUCCUUGUAGGUGAAAAGAAUCUGUGUGGGGAUUUAGGAAUUCCUAGUCGAUUGCCUUAACUACUGGGCAAAUAGUGCUUUCUGAAUUAUGUAUCAAAAGAUAUAAAACUCCAUUCCUGGGCUCCCACCCCACCCCACCCUUGGCACUCAGUUUAUAUAAGCAUUCUCCUUGCUUGGCAGGUUAACUUACAACUGUCAUAACUGGCUGCAACAGUGGUAUAGCCUCUAAACAAGAGAAAUUUGCUUUGUUUACAGAUGAAAUAUUGAUUAAUGACACUUGGGUGUCCAUGAAAAUCAAAAUUGUACAUGCAGAGAUUGUAGUUUCACAUUAUUUCCCGGAAAUGCUUGUAAUUCUGGAAUUAAAGAAAUACUCGGGUUCAUUUUGUUUUCUUUCGUCAUUGUUAAACCUAAAAAACUGUAACUUAAAAAAAAAAGGGAUCCUCAGGAAAAUAGACAAGGGGGGGAAAAAAAAAAAAAAAACCCUAGCAGAGGAUGGUUUCGAUCCAUCGACCUCUGGGUUAUGGGCCCAGCACGCUUCCGCUGCGCCACUCUGCUAUUCUGCCAGAGGCAAGCUCUCACAGUACUCUUAACUACUUACAGGCGAUGCGUUCAGACUACCUCCUAAUUUAAGAAAAAAACCUACGAGCAGUUGCCUACUUCUUUGGCUACCACAGGUUGCCAACUCACUUUGGAAAAAGGAAUCACCAGAAUCAAACAGAAAACAAAACUAGGGAUAGAAAAAUAAAUAUCAAUACACUGGUGGGCUAGGCGCGGUAGCUCACGCCUGUAGUCACUGCACUUUGGGGGACCCAGGCAGGCAACAUAGCGAGACCCUGUCUCAAUAAAAUUAAAAAAAGGAAAAAAAAAAAACCCCACCCCGAAACCUACACACUGGGUGCAGUUGUGAGGGGCAGUUAGAUAUUUAAAUGGCAAUUACAAAUUUUAAUAAGCAGGGAAAGAAGAGAACAAACUGGGAAUAGAAUCAGGCCUCCGCGCGGAGGGCAAUAAUUCUACCACGAAUCACUAACCUAUCAUGCCUUCGCCAUCGGGAAGAAAACCCUUUUGGUUAUGUUUCCCUUGGCUUGGUGAUGGAGAGGGUGAAAUCUUGCAGUUUUCAAACACUUCCGAAGGGGGGUUUCGGUCCGCAUGUGCUUUACAGCAGGCAGCAGAAAGCCAGUCACUGUGACCUUGGGGACAAAGCUGCACUCCUCAGGCUUCCGGUCUUGUGGACCGAGGCUCCUCUCCAAUCGUCCUAAAGCAACUGAAGGAACAAUUGAUAACAAUUUAAACAUGUUAAUUUCUUUAAUCUGAUUUGGUUGUUAAAACAGCCUUAAAACUCUCAUUCCUAUUUCCCAGCAACUGCAAGAGACGCCUCCGCGGAGCCGGCGCUCAGAUGCCAAAGGCUGGAGUCGUUGGUGACGUCAUCCAGGGUUGGGCUAUGCAGGGUAGGGCCAAGAAGCAGGACCAAAGUUCCGGUAUGCGCGCUUUCAGUCUUCAAUUAGGUCCGAAUUCCCUGCAUAUAAGGGCGUUGCUUUGCCUUGGCGUUUAGGUUUUCUAAGUUGGUUUUAGGAGUUGCUUAGUCAUGUCUGGCCGUGGUAAGGGUGGAAAAGGUUUGGGUAAGGGAGGCGCUAAGCGUCAUCGCAAGGUUUUGCGCGAUAACAUCCAGGGCAUCACUAAGCCAGCUAUCCGGCGCCUUGCUCGUCGCGGCGGUGUCAAGCGAAUUUCUGGCCUUAUCUAUGAGGAGACUCGCGGUGUUCUGAAGGUGUUCCUGGAGAACGUGAUUCGUGACGCUGUCACUUACACAGAGCACGCCAAACGCAAGACCGUGACAGCAAUGGAUGUGGUCUACGCGCUGAAGCGACAGGGACGCACUCUUUACGGCUUCGGUGGCUAAGGCUCCUGCUUGCUGCACUCUAUUUUCAUUUUCAACCAAAGGCCCUUUUCAGGGCCGCCCACUUUUUUCAUAAAAGAGCGGACAUCUUGUUAUCCUGCUUUGUUCCAGAUUUUUGCUGAGAAGUAGUUACUGUGCACUUGUGUAGAUUUGCAGUUCUGUGGCUCCUGAUGGAUCUGAGAAGAUGGACGUGGAGGAUGAAAAUCUGUCUGAUUAUUUUGAACUGAUGUUUGUUGCUAUGGAGAUGCUGCCUAUAUGUUGAUGUUGCAGACGUUAAGUCACUAGCCCACAGCCUUGUAUUCCAUACUCAGAGACCCUGCUACUUACUUGACAUCUCAACUUGGAAGUCCAAUUAAUAUGCACUUCAAACUUUAAUAGGCUUCAAACAGAAUUUCUUUCAUUAUCUCUGCAAAACAGCUUCUCCCAUCAUCUUGAAAUUAGUGAAUGGCAUUUUACUGUUUUAGUUGGAGUCAUUUCUGUGGUUUUCUUUCACAUCCUGCAUAACAAUCCAUCAACAGUGUCUCUCUCUGUUGCUCAGGCUGGAGUGCCGUAACGGGAUCAUGGCUCACUGCAACCUCUGCCUCCCUGGCUAAAGUGAUCCUCCUGCCUCAGUCUCUCGAGUAGCUGGGACUACAGGUGCACACCACCACACCGGAGUAAUUUUUGUAUUUUCUGUAGAGAUGGGGUUUAACCAUGUUACCCAGGCUGUCUUAAACUCCUGGGCUCAAGUGAUCUGCCUACCACGGCCUCCCAAAGUGCUGGGAUUAUAGGCAUGAGCUACUGUGCCGGGCCUGAUAAAACCUAUUUUUAGUGAAACUCCUGCUCUUCUACAUAUUUCCAAUUUUUAGCCACAAUAAACAAAAAUAUGUUAAAAUAGAAUCAAUAGAAUAGGAUUUUGUAUAUUAUUAAAUAUAUGAUGAAAAUGAAUGGUGGUAAUCUAGGAUGAGGACCAAAUUUCAAACUUGGAUAAGCAGAGCUAUGAGGAUAAUGAGGCCAGUCUUGGUCCUGCUGGGUUUGAGCCACCUGUGGAAUACUUAGUUCAUAUAGUAUUUGGAAGACUAAUUGCUGCACUUCUUGUUAUAGACUGAUUUACCCUCCUCCCUGCUGCAUAUGUUGAAGUCCUUGAAAAUAUGACUGCAUUUAGAGUUAGGGUCGUUAAAGAUAUAAAAUGAAGUUAUUGAGGUGGGUCUGAAUCCAAUCUGACUGGUGUCCUUAUAAGUAAAGAAGACUGGACACACACACAGAGAAAAGAUAAUGUGAAGACACAGGGAGAAGACAGUUAUCGACACACCAUGGAGAGAGACCUCAGAAGAAAUCAACCCUGCCCACAGGGUUAAUCUUAAGAGUCGUAGCCUCCAGAAUUGUGAAAAAAUAAAUGUUGAAGCUACUCAGUCUGUGGUACUUUGUUAUGGCAGCCCUAGCAAACGAAUACACAUCUCAAACAUUUUCAUUCUGGGAUUAUUUUUCUCUGCAUUUUUUCAGUGUUAUGUCUGCUUCUCUACCCUAGCAAGACAGACAUACAGAACACAGAUGCCAGCCCACACCUACUGUGUGCUGUAGGGAAGAAAACAGCUUUCCCUUCUACCCAUCUGAAAUUCAUUGGCUGGGGCCCUGUAACAAAAGACAGAUUAACGAGAGAAAAGCAUAUACAUUUGAUAUGGUUUGGAUCUGUGUUCCCACCCAAAUCUCACAUUCAGUUGCAAUCCCCAGUGUUGGAGGUGGGGUCUGGUAGGAGGUCAUUGGAUCACAGGGGAGUUUCUCAAGGUUUAAUACCACUCCCUUGGAGCUGUUGGGAUAGUGAGUUUUGUGAUCUGGUUGUUUAAAAGAGUAUGGUACCUCCACCUCUCUCCUUGCUUCUGCACCACCAUGUAAGAUGCCUUGCUUCCCAUUUGCCUCCCGCCAUGAGUAAAAUCUCCCUGAGGUCUCUCCAGAAGCAGAAGCUGCUAUGCUUCCUGUACAGCCUGUGGUUUUAUGAGCCAAUUAAACCUCUUCUCUUUAUAA